UUUAUUCCAGAAGUGUCGUGAACUCAGCUCGUAAGUCGCGACCGAGCCGUCGGUUGGUUUGCUGCUGCGAAUUGUACUGCGCGUGCCGCUCACGCCGGCGAGCAUCUCCUCCCGUCGUCGGCAUCCACCGCCUCAAGCCCUCAACCUCCGGUGCCAGGUGUUAGGCAGCUUCUUAGGAAUCGGUAAUCAUGGCCAAGGGCUGGAUAACCUUUGCUUUGUUAGUGGUGUUUAUAGUGAUGGCUCCUGCUUGUGAGGCGUUCUACUUGCCAGGUAGUUACAUGCACACGUACCGGCAAGGCGAAGAGAUUGGGGCAAAGGUGAACUCGCUCACUUCCAUUGAGACGGAACUGCCAUUCAGCUACUACAGUCUCCCAUAUUGCCGUCCUCAGGGUGGGAUAAAGAAGAGUGCUGAAAAUCUGGGGGAGCUCCUUAUGGGUGACCAGAUUGAUAAUUCUCCUUACCGUUUCCACGUCAAUGUCAAUGAAUCGCUCUAUCUGUGUACCACGAAACCACUUGAUGAGGGUGAUGUGAAGCUCCUCAAGCAGCGAAGCCGGGACCUCUACCAGGUAAACAUGAUUCUUGACAAUCUUCCUGUGAGGAGGUUUACUGAGCAGAAUGGAGUGACCAUUCAAUGGACAGGCUAUCCAGUUGGUUAUACCCCAGAAGGUACCUCUGAUGUCUACAUCAUUAAUCACCUAAAAUUUAAGGUCUUGGUCCAUAAGUAUGAAGGAGGUAAAAUGAGGGUAGUUGGAACUGGGGAGGGAAUGGAAGUGAUCUCAGACACUGACACAGAUGCCAAGUCUGAUGGCUACGAGAUAGUGGGAUUUGAAGUCAUCCCGUGCAGUGUGAAGCGUGAUCCUGAAGCCAUGUCAAAGCUUACAAUGUAUGACAAAGUUGAUCCUGUGAGCUAUCCUGUGGAGUUGGAGAAAUCUCAAAUGAUCAGGGAGAAGGAGCAGAUUACUUUUACAUACGAGGUUGAAUUUGUUAACAGUGACAUCAGGUGGCCAUCACGUUGGGAUGCAUACCUGAAGAUGGAGGGUGCAAAAAUCCACUGGUUCUCGAUUAUGAACUCACUGAUGGUAAUAUUGUUUUUGGCUGGCAUUGUUUUUGUCAUAUUGUUGCGGACAGUCAGGCGGGACUUGACUAGAUAUGAGGAGCUGGAUAAGGAGGCCCAAGCUCAGAUGAAUGAGGAGCUCUCUGGGUGGAAGCUUGUCGUUGGAGAUGUCUUCAGAGAGCCAACCUCAUCAAAACUUUUCUGCGUCAUGAUUGGUGAUGGGGUUCAAAUUCUGGGUAUGGCAAUUGUCACCAUUUUCUUUGCUACCUUUGGAUUCAUGUCUCCUGCAUCGAGAGGAAUGCUGUUGACAGGGAUGAUAUUCCUUUAUAUGUUACUUGGAAUUUUGGCCGGAUAUGCUGCUGUCAGGCUCUGGAGGACUAUAAAAGGAACUUCUGAGGGAUGGAGAUCUGUCUCCUGGUCAACUGCUUGUUUUUUCCCUGGCGUUGUCUUCCUUGUCCUCACUAUAUUAAACUUCAUGUUGUGGUCAAGAAAUAGUACUGGAGCCCUUCCCAUCUCACUCUUCUUCACUCUUCUGUCCUUGUGGUUCUGUAUCUCCGUACCACUUACCCUUCUAGGUGGUUUCCUUGGCACAAGGGCCGAGCCAAUAGAAUUCCCUGUCCGAACCAACCAAAUACCAAGAGAAAUCCCUACAAAAAAUUACUCGUGGCUCCUCAUAUUUGGUGCUGGAACUCUACCUUUUGGAACACUCUUUAUUGAGCUCUUCUUCAUUCUUUCCAGUAUUUGGCUUGGAAGGUUCUACUACGUGUUUGGGUUCCUCCUUGUUGUACUCCUUUUGCUGGUUGUGGUAUGUGCUGAGGUAUCUGUUGUUCUUACCUACAUGCAUCUCUGUGCUGAGGAUUGGAGGUGGUGGUGGAAAGCUUUCUUUGCCUCUGGAGGAGUUGCAUUUUAUGUGUUCCUAUACUCCAUAAACUACUUGGUGUUCGAUCUCAGCAGCUUGAGUGGGCCAGUUUCUGCCACCCUCUAUAUUGGAUAUGCUUUCAUUGUCUCUCUUGCCAUUAUGCUAGCUACUGGGACUGUUGGGUUCCUGACAUCAUUCUCUUUCGUUCACUACCUUUUCUCAAAUGUCAAGAUUGAUUGAAGGCCUUAUCUUGGAAAUCUCCAGACAUGAUUGUACACACAAUAUGCUUUGAUCAUGGCAUCGGAACGCCAUUUACACUGUUGUGCCAUUCUUAAUGUAGCAUAUUAGUUAAGACUCUUGAGACUAUUGUACCACGACACAUAUGGUAUUUUUCUAGUAGAUAUUAAGCCUGUGAUCUUCUCUUUUCUGUGCUGCAACACUGGUUGAUCUCAAUUGCUCUCUUAAAAUCUUUAUUUUCCAUAUUAUUGUGCACUAUGCAAUGGUUUGUUU